AUGGCUUCAAUUUUUUCCACAGUUGCAGUUUUCUUGGGCUGUUGUGCUGGAAUCUUGAUUUUGCUCUUGUGCUUUAGAAAAAAGACUUUCUGGUACAAGUGCCUCAUGUUUUGGGAAUCUAAAACUGAGGAUCACCGAAAUAUUGAAGCAUUUCUGAAGAACAAUGGGUCAUAUGCUCCAAAGAGAUACACCUAUUCAGAGGUCAAAGAGAUGACCACUCGGUUCAAAAACAAACUAGGCCAAGGAGGAUUCGGUAAUGUAUACAGAGGAAAUUUGCAGAAUGGGAAACAUGUGGCAGUGAAGGUCCUGAAUGAGCUAAAAGGAAGUGGUGAAGAAUUCAUUAACGAGGUGGCGAGUAUUAGCAGGACAUCACAUGUUAACAUUGUGAGCCUUGUGGGAUUUUGCUUUGAGGGUCGCAAAAGAGCUCUAAUUUAUGAAUUCAUGCCAAAUGGAUCUCUUGAAAAGUUUAUCUAUGAGGAAAGAUCCGAUGGAAUUCGCCAAUUGGAUUGGCCAAUACUAUACCAAAUUGCACUAGGCAUUGCUCGAGGAUUGGAGUACUUGCAUCGUGGUUGUACCACUCGGAUUUUGCAUUUUGAUAUAAAGCCUCAUAAUAUCCUGCUUGAUGAAGAUUUUUGUCCUAAGAUCUCUGACUUUGGACUAGCCAAAUUGUGCAUGAAAAAGGAGAGCAUUGUGUCAAUGUUAGGUGCACGAGGGACUAUCGGUUAUAUUGCUCCAGAAAUCGUUUGCAGAAACUUGGGAGGUGUCUCUCACAAGUCUGACGUCUAUAGCUACGGAAUGAUGGUCCUAGAGAUGGUAGGAGGAAGAAAAAAUGUUGAUGUUGGAGUUGAUCGUACGAGUGAAAUCUACUUUCCACAUUGGCUCUAUAGACGAAUUGAGCUAGAUGAAGAGCUCCAAUUAAUUGGGAUAAUGAAUGAAGAGGAGAAAGAAUGUGCAAGAAAGAUGGUGCUGGCGAGUUUAUGGUGCAUACAGACUGAUCCCUCAAGUCGACCAUCGAUGAGCAAGGUUGUGGAAAUGUUAGAAGGGAACCUAGACUUUCUGCAAAUUCCUCCAAAGCCUUACCUAUAUUCUUCCUCAAGAACAGAGGUAGGUUCAUCGGAAGUAGAACUGGCCUAG